UCUACACAUAUAUUUCUAUUAUUCGUACGUAAGUACUUUAACUAAAACAAUAUGAGUGGUAGAAAGAGGCCACGUAGGCAAUACAGUGAAAACAAUAGAAAUUGGCCAAAAGAAACUUAUCUGGAAAAACUAAAAGAGAUGAGUAUCGGGGUCAAUGCAACGUGGAAGGUAGAAAUGCUUCGUCAAUUAUAUUUGGCUAAUAAACCAAAAACUACGUCUAUAACAAUUCCUGAAACAUCAAAUCAGCCUCCCGUUAAUGAGUUGCAAAACUCUACAAAUACGACUGAUCAAGAAGUAGGAUUAUAUCACCCGUCAACGCUUCCUAUCGUAAAUGAUACGCGUAUUCAUACGCCAGGUAACGCACUUAAUCUAAACAGUGAGGUACUCUUUAGGGAAUCUGCCGCAGCCUUUACCUCAGCAACAGAAACUCUAUCAAAUAUCGCUAAACUGAUGUUAAAACAAUCAAGUACAGAAAAUGUUACUGAAAAAGAAUCAACCACACCUACAAUAGAAUCUGCCAUAAGAUGUUCCAAUAGCCGACUAACAGACUCCGCUGCCGAGGCUACAUCGACAGGAAAAGUAUACUAUGCUGAAGAUCUACCAAAGAUGGAUUUUGUUGCCCCCUCCAUAAAAAAGCAGAUAAUAGAAGACCUUCCAAAAAGCAGCACCAGCAGCAGAGAAAGAACCCACUCCGUGUCCGAAAUCUUGGCAAGUAAUGUGGAAUUAAAUGCAAAAGUUAAACAUUUAAUUCACAACUCAAUCGCAAGCAGUACGCGUUCGCAAUACGAACAUGGAUUUAAAUCAUACAAAAACUUUUUGUGUCUAUCCGGUUUUAAGUGGGAUGAUAAAACAGAUUUGCCACCUUUAACGGAAGAUAUCUUAAUGCAUUACGCUACACAUUGUCAUGAAAAUCUUAACAUAAAAUGUUCUACAAUAAAAAUGUACAUUUGUGGUUUAAGAUACAUAUAUCUUCAAUCCGGAGUACAGUGUUUAUUCAGUAGCUGUUGUUCUUCAAAACUGCUUAGGUUAGAAACAAUUUACAGGGGUAUUAAGAAACAGGAAGUAAAGAGUUCCCGAAAAAGAUUACCGCUAACUUAUGAUAAAAUUGAAAAUAUGAUAACAGUGCUUCAAAAGGGAAUAUUUUCGCCAUUUGUUACUGCACUUAUUGAGGCAGCUUGUAUCGUCGCAUACUUCGGAUUUCUCCGCUGCGGUGAAUUAACCGUCAACACGGACUUCAAUGCAUCUUGCAAUCUAUGUAUAGAAGACAUCACUUUCGAGGAGGAUAACGCAAUAUUACAUUUAAAGUCGUCUAAAACGGACCCUUUCAGAAGUGGAGUAAAUAUUUAUCUUUUCAAAAACAACACCGCUUUGUGCCCGGUCAAAUCUUUAAUUAGAUACCUCGCGGUUAGAAGAUCUAGAUUCAGCAUAGCCUGCAACUCUAGUCCGCUCUUUGUUAUGGAAAAUGGAGAGGCUCUAACACGUACGUUUUUCAUCAAUCAUGUUCGAUCCAUCCUGGAAAUUAUCGGACUCAAUCCAUCUAAUUACAACGGACAUAGCUUCCGAAUAGGAGCUGCAACAUCAGUUGCAUCAAAAAUUGAAGAUCACCUGAUCAAGAUUUUAGGUCGUUGGAGUUCCGAAUGCUAUACCAGAUAUAUUCAUACUCCAAAAUCAACAAUUAAACGAGCCCAGCUAGCCUUGAUAUCCGAUUAGUCUAGUUUUACUAUUCAACAGUUUUCUUUGUAAGAGUUCUUGGAAAAUAUGUGCGCGAUUCUACGGUGGCAUAAUAAUCCACUGUUCAGAAUGAGUGUUUUAUUGUCAGAUACAUGUAAGACUACGAUUCCUUUUAAUAUAAUUUCAAUUUGAUUAAAAGGGGCAUAAUAAUCCCCGUCGACUGCAGUGUGUUGCUUUAUUAAUUGGAAUAACACCAUCAUUGGAAUCAGUGUGUUCAUUACUUCCACUUGUGCAUAAGAGUCCACAUGUCUGCAAUGUUUUUUGACGGGGCACAAUAAUCCCCUUUCUAUGAGUUUGAAGAUGCUCAUCAUUGGGGCUUGACAAUCCGUAGUUGUAUAAUGUGUUACUCUACUAAAAGUGGUGUUCUAUUCCCUAUAUGAUUUGAAUAUAUUAUAUUGAGCAGUAUGAUAGCGUAGUAUGAUCGUGUAUAUACUUAUAUGUCAAAUUUAGAUGCUUUUUUGUUUUUAAACUAUAAUUCGUGUCUGACUA